AGAGGAGCUCGCGCGUCGAAGAUACCUCUAUGGUUUUCCUCCCGUGCUUGAGUCGGGAAAUGGUCGCGGUGUAGUUACAAGGGAGAUAAGUCCCGGGAACCGUGCUUCGGCGUGUCAGGAGUUUGAAUUUAGAAUUUAAUUUCUCAGAACAUUCUCUCCAGGAAGAAUUUUACAGUAUUUCAAAGACUUCACUUCACUGCUUGAUCCUGCAUAAAACCCAAGGAGAAAAGAAAUGGGUCGCUCCAAUUCUAGAUCACAUUCUUCAAGAUCAAAGUCUAGAUCACAGUCUAGUUCACGAUCAAGAUCAAGAUCACACUCAAGAAAGAAGAGAUACAGUUCUAGGUCUCGUUCCAGGACAUAUUCAAGAUCUCGUAGUAGGGAUCGCAUGUAUUCUAGAGAUUAUCGCCGAGAUUACAGAAAUAAUAGAGGAAUGAGACGACCUUAUGGGUACAGAGGAAGGGGUAGAGGGUAUUAUCAAGGAGGAGGAGGUAGAUAUCAUCGAGGUGGAUAUAGACCUGUUUGGAAUAGAAGACACUCCAGGAGUCCUAGACGAGGUCGUUCACGUUCCAGGAGUCCAAAAAGAAGAUCCGUUUCUUCUCAAAGAUCCCGAAGCAGAUCUCGCCGGUCAUAUAGAUCAUCUAGGUCUCCAAGAUCAUCCUCUUCUCGUUCUUCGUCCCCAUAUAGCAAGUCUCCUGUCUCUAAAAGACGAGGGUCUCAGGAAAAACAAACCAAAAAAGCUGAAGGGGAGCCCCAAGAAGAGAGUCCUUUGAAAAACAAAUCACAGGAGGAACCGAAAGAUACAUUUGAACAUGACCCAUCUGAAUCUAUUGAUGAGUUUAAUAAAUCAGCCACAUCUGGUGAUAUUUGGCCUGGCCUUUCAGCAUAUGAUAAUAGUCCCAGAUCACCCCAUAGUCCUUCACCAAUUGCUACACCACCUAGUCAGAGUUCAUCUUGCUCUGAUGCCCCCAUGCUCAGUACAGUACACUCUGCAAAAAACACCCCCUCUCAGCAUUCACAUUCCAUUCAGCAUAGUCCUGAAAGGUCUGGGUCUGGUUCUGUUGGAAAUGGAUCUAGUAGAUACAGUCCUUCUCAGAAUAGUCCAAUUCAUCACAUCCCUUCACGAAGAAGCCCUGCAAAGACAAUCACACCACAGAAUGCUCCAAGAGAUGAGGCUAGGGGACGAUCCUCAUUUUAUCCUGAUGGUGGAGAUCAGGAAACUGCGAAGACAGGAAAAUUCUUAAAAAGGUUCACAGAUGAAGAGUCUAGAGUAUUCCUGCUUGAUAGGGGUAAUACCAGGGAUAAAGAGGCUCCAAAGGAGAAAGGAUCAGAGAAAGGGAGGGCAGAGGGAGAAUGGGAAGAUCAGGAAGCUCUAGAUUACUUCAGUGAUAAAGAGUCUGGAAAACAAAAGUUUAAUGAUUCAGAAGGGGAUGACACAGAGGAGACAGAGGAUUAUAGACAGUUCAGGAAGUCAGUUCUUGCAGAUCAGGGUAAAAAUUUUGCUACUACAUCUCACCGGAAUACUGAGGAGGAAGGACCCAAGUACAAGUCCAAAGUUUCGUUGAAAGGCAAUAGAGAAAGUGAUGGAUUUAGAGAAGAAAAAAAUUAUAAACUUAAAGAGACUGGAUAUGUAGUGGAAAGGCCUAGCACUACAAAAGAUAAGCACAAGGAAGACGACAAAAAUUCUGAGAGAAUAACAGUAAAGAAAGAAACUCAGUCACCUGAGCAGGUAAAGUCUGAAAAGCUCAAAGACCUCUUUGAUUACAGUCCCCCUCUACACAAGAAUCUGGAUGCACGAGAAAAGUCUACCUUCAGAGAGGAGAGCCCACUUAGGAUCAAAAUGAUAGCCAGUGAUUCUCAUCGUCCUGAAGUCAAACUCAAAAUGGCACCUGUUCCUCUUGAUGAUUCUAACAGACCUGCUUCCUUGACUAAAGACAGGCUACUUGCUAGUACACUUGUCCAUUCUGUCAAGAAGGAGCAAGAAUUCCGAUCCAUCUUUGACCACAUUAAGUUGCCACAGGCCAGCAAAAGCACUUCAGAGUCAUUUAUUCAACACAUUGUGUCCUUGGUUCAUCAUGUUAAAGAGCAAUACUUCAAAUCAGCUGCAGUGACCCUAAACGAGAGGUUCACUUCGUAUCAGAAAGCCACUGAAGAACAUAGUGCCCGGCAAAAGAGCCCUGAGAUACACAGGAGAAUUGACAUCUCUCCAAGUGCCCUGAGGAAGCACACCCGUUUAGCAGGGGAAGAGAGAGUUUUUAAAGAAGAAAAUCAAAAGGGAGAUAAAAAAUUAAGGUGUGAUUCUGCUGAUCUUCGGCAUGACAUUGACCGUCGGAGAAAAGAAAGAAGUAAAGAACGGGGGGAUUCCAAGGGCUCCAGGGAAUCCAGUGGAUCAAGAAAGCAGGAAAAAACUCCAAAAGAUUACAAGGAAUACAAAUCUUACAAAGAUGACAGUAAACAUAAAAGUAGAGAGCAAGAUCAUUCUCGAUCUUCAUCCUCUUCAGCAUCACCUUCUUCUCCCAGUUCUCGAGAAGAAAAGGAGAGUAAGAAGGAAAGAGAAGAAGAAUUUAAAACUCACCAUGAACUGAAAGAAUACUCAGGCUUUGGAGGAGUUAGCCGACCACGAGGAACCUUUUUUCGAAUUAGAGGCAGAGGAAGAGCCAGAGGAGUUUUUGCUGGGACAAAUACUGGUCCAAACAACUCAAAUACUACUUUUCAAAAGAGACCGAAGGAAGAGGAAUGGGAUCCAGAAUAUACCCCAAAGAGCAAGAAGUACUUCUUGCAUGAUGACAGAGAUGAUGGUGUGGAUUAUUGGGCCAAAAGAGGAAGAGGUCGUGGUACUUUUCAACGUGGCAGAGGGCGCUUUAACUUCAAAAAAUCAGGUAGCAGUCCAAAAUGGACUCAUGACAAAUAUCAAGGGGACGGGAUUGUUGAAGAUGAAGAAGAGACCAUGGAAAAUAAUGAAGAAAAGAAGGACAGACGCAAAGAAGAAAAGGAAUAGUAAAUCUGAAGUGAGAUUGCAACAGAGAACGGAACUUGCACCCACCAUUUUUUUACAUGAUUUUUGUUUUCAAAUAAGAAUGUAAGCAUUUUACUUAAAUUUUACUGUUUGCAAGUAGUCUAGAGAAAUUUUGUUUUAAGUCUUCAAAUAUCCUGAAAAAUAGUAGACUGUAUGUUGAAAAUUGUACUGAAAUAAAGUAGAAAAUUGUUACGUACCAUA